UCUUUUCGUACCUUGACAGAAUAAUUAUCAACACGAUAUUCUCUGUGGCUCAAAUACACACAUUAUGCUCGAUACCAUGACAUUGGCAAAAGCAGCCUACGCGGACGAGAAACACAGCCGCAUUUUACCAUAAUGAGUCAUAAUGCGCAGAACACCAUCGACCACACCAUCAACGUUUUGUUCUACAUCGUGUCCCGCGGUAUUCGGGUGGAUGGAUGGCAUGUCAUUAGGGCGGAAUUCAACUGUCAAUUUGCGAUUGCCCGAAAUCCGUGACAAGCAAGCCCGAAUUACCGCUUUCUUACUAUACCUAGUCUAGUCGAUCACGGUAAGAAGCAAG